AGUACGCGCCAGCCGCUUCGCACGCGCGCUCGUAACAACGAAAUAUCCGUUUGUUUUUUAAUACUAAUUCCUAACGCGAUAAAUACUGCCGUCCGGUACGUGUAUUGUAGUAAGUGAACGUCACCAUCGACCGUUGCAGUUCGACAGCUAAGCCUUUGACGAGUGGGCCGUUACCUGUGCAGUGUAGUGAGUGCAUAUAGUUUUCCAUUUCGACCUAGUUUACGUGACUUUGUGAUUUUACUGGACGCGAAGCGGCCCCUCCGGCUUUCUAUCGGUAGUAUAAGCACAGAACAUCGGAAUCGAUGAGCAUUAGCGUUCGACUACGAUGAUAAUUGAACCAUUGAUCGUGCACAUUCCAACCGAAUGGUGAUUGGAUGACGAUAUCGGCCCGUUCCCCGGAUAAAGAGCCAUCGCCGCCAAAACAAAUCAACUUUGCGGAGCCGCUGGUAGAGUCUGUGCGGGUGUACCUCGCCAAUGAGCUGCCCUCCAAGGAGCUAGCGCUGGUUCCCCGAGAGCCCAGUCCCCCGCCCCCGGCCACGCCAGAGCUCUGCGAUGUUGACAUAGCCACCCACACUGCGUGUGAAGAAAUCAAAGGCAUCAACUUCGAGCCUCGUCUAAAACGAAAUGACUUAAACAAUAACGCCUCGCGGCAGCAAAGCGAAAGGAGCCAGAACGGCGACAUGCCUAGCCAAGCAGAACUGAUGCAGCGGCAACCUCUGCUAGCGCGCGGUGUAAAAAAAGACGCGCCGCAGCCGACCACCGACGAGUCAGACCCGGACCAAGACCAUUCGCCGCAGCGCACGCACACCGGAGACUUCAUCGUUGAAAUACCCGCCGGGACUGCCAGGGAGGAGAGAUAUCCAAAAGAAAUAUGGAAAACUAUAAUAUCUUUCGUCUUCUUGUUCCUAUGCGUGUGCAUCAAUAUGAUGUCACUGUCGUUAGUGCACGAACGACUGCCUGACAGGAACACGACGGCGCCACUCAACGACAUUGUACUGGACAAUAUAGAUGCCAGAGACUGGGGCCUAGCUGUGUCAGAAUAUCUAAUCAUGAUAUCAACGACGGUGGCCACGCUAGUGAUCAUCUUCCACAAACACAGAUUUAUAGUAGCUCGGAGGUUGUUCUUCAUCAUCGGCUUGCUGUACCUGUACCGAUCGAUCACCAUGUUCGUGACCGUUCUGCCGGUGUCGAGCACCACGUACUUCUGCAGCCCUAAGAGCAACAACACGACACCGCUGCUCGUCUUCAAAAGAAUGUUUUACUUAAUAUCAGGCUUCGGCCUGUCUAUAAACGGAAAACACACAUACUGCGGGGAUUAUAUAUAUUCAGGACAUACUAUGGUUCUUGUGUUAAGUUAUUUGAUAGUAGCUGAGUAUUCACCAAAAAAAUUGUGGCCCGUACACUGGGCGAUGUGGGGUUCAGCGUUGCUGGGCGUGUCAUUCGUGCUGUUGGCCCACGGACAUUACACGGUGGACGUAGUGAUCGCCUAUUACGUGACUACGAGACUGUUCUGGACGUUCCAUUCGUUGCUGGUGACGCCGCAUCGGAGCAACGGCUACAACAACUACAUGAUCCAGCGCGAGUGGUGGUACUGGCUGUUCACAUACCUGGAGCGGAACGUGCGAGGGCCGGUGCCGCGACGGUACGACUGGCCGCUGCCGUGGCCGCGCACCAAGCUGUUCAGCCGGCUCAGCUAGUGACGCGCUCGUGCAGCGCUGCCACCUCCAGAACGUGUAUGACGCUCACUCACCUUCUGCGAGUGCCUCUUCAGGACCUGCAGCUCCUUCGGACUGGUCCGCGUGCAAAUGGCCAGCGUGAGCGUGUAGUCGAACUGGUGUACAA